CCUCUUCGCCAUGCCCGCGCUCGAAGAGGUCGACUGCGAGUUCAUCGGCCCCGGCGGCGCGCGCGUCGAACGCGCCCUCGGCGACGUCGUGCGAUGUCCCGUCGCCGUUCGCGGCGCGUGCGCGACGAGCGACGCGCACCCGCGCGACGCCUCGCGUCAACAGUCUGAUUCAGCGAAACCGUCGCUCGCGCGCGCGGUCCGCGACGCCGCGCUCUCGAACGGCGCGCUCACGGAGAUCACCCGCGCGCUGUCGCAGUCGACGCGCGACGGCGCGGCGCCGAAAGCCGCGCUGGCGUGGCACCCGACGAAGGAAAUCUUGGCGACGACGGAUGACGGCGGUCGGUGCGCGACGCGCGACGCGGCGAUGGAUGAUAAAGGCGCGGUGCGGGCGCGGAAACGCGCGAGCGACGACGAGAGCGAGUGCGAGGACGAGGUGACGACGCUGCGGCAUCGCGCGCACGGACGGUGCGCGGCGAUGGCGUGGCGGCCGAGACGGGGACGAGCGCUCGCGCUCGCGGGCGCGUCGGGCGUGUGCGUUUGGACGCGAGAGCGACGCGCGACGCGCGCGUCGAGCGCGGUUGCGAGCGAAACAGGAGCGCUAAGCCCGGUCGAUGCGGCGAAAGUGCGAGCGUUGGCGCAGCGCGGGACGAGCGGGAAGACGAGCGGGUACCGUUGGAGGCUUACGAUUUACAACGAGCGCGGAGCGCACGAGGCGGGGCCGACGGCGCCGCCGGGCGGGAUAUGCGCGUCGGAGUGCGUAGCGUGGAGCCCAGAUGGACUUUUACUCGUGGCGUGCUCGCGAAGGUGUCGCGUGAUUCAUUGCUGGGACGUGAGCGCGGGGACGUACACGCCUUUGGGCGGCGGCGGCGCGGGCAUCUCCAGAGUCGCCUUCAGCGCGUGCGGAGGUUACCUUCUCGCCGCGCACGUGGGCGAGGGCUUUAGCGUUUGGCAGUGCGACACGAUGACGUGUAGAAAGUGGAGCACGAACGGGCGCGAGGUGACCGCGACGGCCUGGGGCAACGUGCAAGGGAAGCAGGGAGACGCUCCGGUGGCGUUGAUAGCCACGCGCGGUUCGGCGAAGCUCUCCGCCGUGCAUCUUUCGCCCAGGGAUUGCGUGAACGAGAUUGCGGCUCACGUGUUACCCUUAGAACUCCCGGACAUCGUCGGCGGCGACGCCUCGCGAUCUGGGACGAGCGAGCACGACGUCGCGGACAUGGUUUGGGACGCGUCGAGCUCGCGCCUCGCGCUCGCGUUGCGCGGCGGCGACAGAGACGGUGUCGUCGCCCUCUACGCCACGCGCACGACAAACAUCGUCAGCAGCAGUCUGAUCGGAUACUUCGACACCGCGGAUGACGAUACCGGCGCGCGCGUACCGGCGCAAGCGGUUAAAAUUUCCACCCCGCUCGCCGUCGCCGCCGGCAGACUCCGCGCGACGCUCGCCGUCGCCUUCGCCAACGGCGACGUCGCCCUCGUCCCGCUCACCUUCGCCGACCCGUCCCUCGCGAGCGCGGCGUCUUAGUUUUUUAGCGGCGAGACACGAGCGCGAUCGCUCGCGCGAUCGAUUGUGAUACCGAC